CCAUAGAGACUGUCAGGCGCAGCCACCAGUGUGAGAGAAAGAGAGCGAGGCAGGGAGAACACCAACAAGCAAAGGCAGAGGAUAGAAGUGGCGAGGGAGAGGAAAAGGAAAGAAACAGUUAGAGACAGGGUAAAAUAAAGGGAGAAGAAGAAAGAAAGAAAAACAGAGGGUGCAGUAGAGAUAGUGGCAGAGAUGGAGGUUCAAAACGAAUGCAGUGAUCCGCCUCCAUGUGAUCCUCAGCCAACAGGAAAGCUCAACAAAGCCGCCUUCAAGCUGUUCGGCAAGCGUAAGUCCGGCAGCAGCAUGCCGAUCAUCUUCUCUGUCAAGAACAAAGGGGAGUCCACCGGUAAAGCCGCUGGCAAGACGCUGGAGCUGGUUAGGAGCAAAACCCAUGAUGGCUUAAUAACGGACACUCCUUCAGAGCUUGGUGGCCACCGGAAAGAGGAAUCUGCCAGUAGCGACCAGCUCCACGCCGGCACACCAGAUGGUGUGUCCACUGCCCCCCUCUGCAGCUCCAUCACCAAGUCUUUCAGCUUCUUCUCUUUACUGCGCCGGAGCAGCAGCCGUGCAGGAGAUGGAACUACUACGGUGGCACGACGAGGACGAGGACUUAAGGGGCUGUUCAGCAGCAUGCGUUGGCGGCGGAAGCCCCAGGUUCAAGAGGACUCCUUGGAGGUGGGCAAGGAGGUAAAGGAGGGAGACCUAAUCAUUUCCUCUUGCUCCGGCAAUGUGAAAAUGGAGAAGGACAUAACACUAACUCUUGAGCCCCUGCCGCAAGUGUUUGAGGAGCCUCCUCUCCCAGGGGAAGCUGAGAAAUGGAAGGCAACAUCUAUGCAGGAAUUACAGGGUACUAAUGAAGAGGAGUGUGGUAAUUGUGGUCCUCCCCUUUCACAACAACAUACAGUCACUGAGGAGUCUCCAGCUCCUUCUCCACUCCGAGCCCAGACAGAAGGGCUCCAACCUGAUAAACAAAGCAGUUCGACACACCUGUCCUCCAUUCCGACCUGCGCUUUGACCCCUCCAAUGGAGCACAGCACAGCUGACCCACAAUCUGAGCAGUCUGUGGAUCGCCUAUGUUCCAUGUUCACUGAUGUUACUUCACUAAAAAGCUUUGAUUCUUUAACAGGCUGUGGUGACAUCAUCGCUGAUCCAGAAGAGGAUUCUGGGAAUGGGGGAAGUGCCACGAGCAGUGGAACCGGUAGCAGUAGCGGGGGAUGCAUGGGUCGCAGAUUAAGUGGAGCGGGGACAAUUUCAGAGAGAUGCUCUCCUGCCAAGCCUCCACUUCCUCCUCAGGUCAGUAGCAUUACAUCUGUCCAUGCUUCUUGCUACAUGCCAGCCCACCAAAGACCACGUGCAGCCCCUAAAAAGCCACAAGGUAGUGGAGUUGUUGCUUACAUGGGUGGCGGGGAGGAGAUGGCUAGUCCAGAGGCGGUUGAUGAUGCUGACAUGCAGGGUCUAUGGCAUAUGUUGCCCCAGAAGGGUGAAGACUCCCCAGCCCUACGACGUGCAGAGCCUGUCUUGCAUCAUGCACCAACCCGCCUUGAGAAGAGGCCAACUCAAGUAAAGGCACUUGGCCUCAGUAAGAUCCCUGUGAGUGGAGGUAGCAAGAUGGGAAAGCAGCAACCCUCACGUCCCUCACCUCCCCCUGUCGAUAAAGAACUCCAGGAUGCCCCACCAAGUGAUGAAGGCUACUGGGAUUCUCCCACACCUGGCCCAGAGGAUGAGGAUAGCACCUUCCUACGUCGGGAAGGUUUGCUGAGGGACAGCUGCUCUGGAGAUGCACUUUAUGACCUCUACGAUCCCGACAGCCCUAGUGCUGCUGGCUCUGAUGAUGAUGUGAGUUCACCAACAAAAUCUGCAGGUGAUCUAAAAAUUAACUUGCCUUCCCCAAAAUGCUCAUCUUCCACCACUUCCUCAUUCUGUUCCAUGAAAGGCAGCACCAGCCUACCUCGAGAUUCCAAGAUCCCUAUUAGUGUGAGGCAAACACCACCUUCCCAUUCUUCCAGCCAAGGUGCACUGUCUUCCAAUCUUAGCCCCACUUCAACUACCCCUCCUAAAAAGACUGAUGCCCCACCACGCACUCGAAUCCCUGUCUCGAAGGUUCCUGUCCGUCGUUCCGGCAACAAGAGCACCCCCACCUCACAAAGCAGGAAGUAGAGAGCUUGGAGGCCCAUCAGAUGUUUCUGACAAUACAAAUCUAUCACAAGAGCUUUAGGCCAAAACACAAUGUUUUUUAAUAUAAAGCAAUCAACUUACAAUUAUUUGAUUUCACCCAUUUACUGAUGACUAUAUCUUUACUGUGUUUUUACAUCUUUCGAAAUGAUUUUUUUGUGAUGUUGCAUAUUACACCCUAAUGUAAUUAAGAGUUUUGUAGAAUGGACUGCUAUAUGUAACACAUGACAUUCAUAAUAAUGUAAUCUUGAAGUUUUUUUUACACCAGCCUUUCAAAGAAUAAUAAUGUGAGAAUGCUGAUCCUAAGAAGAAUGUUUAAUAUCAAAAAGUUUCUCAUUCCCUUCCAUUGGAUCAGUGAAACUGUGCUAAUGUCUUGCACUGUCGUCCCACAAGCAAUGUGUAAAACGCAGCUGCAAUCUUUUAUCUCUCCAGUAUUUUACAUGUAAUGAAUUUGGAGACCUGUGUGAGAUUAAACCAAGCACUUCAGACACUCCUAAAUAAAGCUGCAUGGAGUCUUGUACAUUUAAACUGGAUCAGGGAACAGCCUUUUGUUCAAGACACUCUGAUG